CCUGGCAUGAGAAAAAUCACUUCCUCACACCUUCGACACAGCUUCAAGAAGCUACCCCUCCAAGUUCUGUACCAGAGCAACAAGAAAAUGCGGGGAGGAGGAUCAAUGAACUUGGGGCGAUAGCAGGACUUACCAGACGGCGAGAAUGAUUCUGAGGGGCCUGCAUAGAGCUUCUUGCUCAACUGCAAGAGCCUCUGUGCUGUCGAAACGAUGGAAUAAAGCUGGAUUGAGUAUCCGCGUCUUCACAAGCUCUAGUCGGCACUGGAAAGAUUCGAAACCCACGAUUAUCCAAAGCCAAGCUCGUCCACAACCCAAGUCUGCAGACGAUCUGCCAGGGGUAGUUCCAGAGACCGCGAAGAAACCUGGGGCAGUUCCGCCCAAGCCCAGAAUAGACCCACUGGAUCUGGACGACAAGACAAACAAGGAGCAACGCAAGGCUGAUUGGGCUAUAUUGAAGGAGAUGAGCAAGUACCUGUGGCCCAAAGACAACUUUGGAACAAGAUUUCGAGUUGGCAUAGCCUUGACGCUCCUCGUGGGAUCGAAAGUGCUGAAUGUCCAAGUGCCAUUCUACUUCAAGAGUAUCAUAGAUGCUAUGAACAUCGAUUUCGCAGCAGUCGGGGGCACAGCAACCACAGUCGCAGGAUCAAUGAUACUGGCGUAUGGUAUUACGAGAAUCGGAGCUACGGUCUUUCAGGAAAUACGCAAUGCAGUCUUUGCAAGCGUUGCACAGAAAGCUGUCCGUACUGCAGCCCGAAGCAUUUUCGGCCAUCUGCUUGCCUUGGAUUUACAGUUCCAUCUCUCUAAACAGACGGGUGGUCUGACAAGAGCAAUCGAACGAGGAACAAAAGGCAUUACUUUCCUCCUCCAGUCUAUGGUCUUUCAUAUCCUGCCUACAAUCUUGGAAAUUUCUAUGGUUUGUGCUAUCUUGACUUAUCAAUACGGCGCCAAAUUCGCUGCUGUUACUGCCACGACCAUGGUUGCGUACUCUGUAUUCACGAUUUGGACCACAUCAUGGAGAACCAAGUUCCGGAGAGCAGCCAAUAAAGCAGACCAAAAAGGCCAGUCGGUUGCCGUUGAUUCCUUGAUCAAUUAUGAAGCUGUCAAAUACUUCAACAACGAGAAGUUUGAGAUUGGCAGAUAUGAUCUUUCACUUAAGGAGUAUGAGAAGCAACAGAUCAACAUUCAAACAUCUCUUUCCAUACUCAAUUCGGGACAGAACGUGAUAUUCUCGAGUGCUUUGACAGCUAUGAUGUAUCUGGCAGCAGAUGGGGUAGCUAAGGGAACGUUGACAGUUGGUGAUCUGGUCAUGGUUAAUCAACUUGUUUUCCAGCUCUCAGUACCGCUGAACUUCUUGGGAUCAGUCUACCGAGAGAUCCGUCAGUCGCUGAUGGAUAUGGAGACACUUUUCAAUCUGCAAAAGGUCAACGUGGCCAUUAAGGACGCACCAGAUGCCAAGCAUUUAAAGUUCGCCAAAGGCGGCGAGAUCACGUUUGAAAACGUGACUUUUGGGUACCAUGCAGAUCGUCAGAUUCUGAAGAACCUUAGCUUCACUAUUCCUGCUGGAAAGAAGAUUGCUAUUGUUGGGCCCAGUGGGUGUGGGAAAUCGACGAUCUUGAAGCUUCUCUUCCGGUUUUACGAUCCCCAGGAGGGUAGAAUUCUGAUCGAUGGUCAAGACAUCAAAGGAGUGACCUUGGAAUCUUUGAGGAAAGCAAUAGGUGUUGUUCCUCAAGACACACCGCUCUUCAAUGACACUAUUGAGCACAACAUCAAGUAUGGUGACAUGAGCGCAUCUCCUGAGAGGGUCCUGGAAGCUGCUAAGAAGGCACACAUUCACGACACAAUCUCUAAAUUUUCCGAGGGUUACAACACCAUGGUUGGUGAGCGAGGGAUGAUGAUUUCAGGUGGAGAAAAGCAACGUCUUGCGGUGUCCAGGUUAAUCCUGAAGGACCCGCCAUUGCUCUUCUUCGACGAGGCGACUUCCGCAUUAGAUACUCACACGGAACAGGCUCUAAUGCAGAACAUCAAUAGCAUUCUAAAGGAGAAGGCGCGGACGAGUGUGUUCGUUGCCCAUCGCCUAAGAACCAUUUACGACAGUGACAAGAUCAUUGUCCUCAAGGAAGGUAAAACCGCCGAGAGCGGCACGCACAGAGACCUGGUUGAUACUGGCGGGGUCUAUUCAGAACUCUGGAGCAACCAGGAAACUAUGUUUAGUGAUGAUGAGCGUGAGGUCGAAAUCGACGAUGUCAAUAUCGAAGAGGUGAAAGACCAGCCUUCUGUACCAAAAUGAUUGGUGUCUGAUAGAGUUGUGAUGGCAAAAAACCACACGGCAGCAGGGAUUUGGUCAUAUUCUGUAACAUGUUACCCGCUCACCCCGUGUCUCACAAGGCGGCUGAUAGACGGGAAGAUCGCCGCUCGAUUGGAAAGAUAUUUAUUCUCUUGAAGAUUUGCGGCGCUUUAUGCAUGAUAUGAGC